AUGGAGCCCAAGAUCAAGAUGGACGCUGGGCUGUUAGCACUGGCCUGCUCUGGCUCUUCCCAUGAUCUGGAAUCACUCCUUAACAGAACACCAGCCGCCUACACCAUCGGAAGCUCGGCGACGCAGCCAGCUUCUGUGUAUGGGGUUACCAUUGGAGGUGACACUCUUCUCCAUGUGGUCGCCGCCGGCCAUGGCGACUCUGAGGACUUACUGAACAAAGCCAGUCUCCUCUACAGCAAGGCACCCAACCUCCUCUUCGUGCAAAACAACGAUGGAGAUACGCCCCUGCACUGUGCUGCACGGGCGGGGAACAUCCAAAUGGUGUCUCUUCUCAUUGAUCUCGCCAAUGGUCAGGGUAUUAACAAUGCAAAGGGACUUCUUGAGGCACAAAACAAGCUCAAUGAGACAGCCUUGCACGAGGCCGUCCGCUCUGGGAACAAUGAUAUAGUCAAGUUGCUCAUGGCCCAUGAUCCAGAGUUGGCCACUCUUCCUAUAGAAGGUACUUCGCCGCUGUAUCUUGCCGUCUUACUGGAAAAUGGCAUCAUCGCCAAAACACUCUACGAGUUGAGCGUCGGGGUUCUUUCAUACUCUGGACCAAAUGGGCAAAAUGCAUUACAUGCUGCUGUUCUCCGAGGGAAAGUGGAAAAAAUGAAAAUAUGCACAGUCCAUUUUGCUUGCAACAGCCGAUCCUUGUCAUGGAUUUUGAAUAUGCAAGAUAAUGAUGGGAACAGUGCACUGCACCUAGCUAUCCAGAUAAGAAAUCUGAAGAUGUUUUGUGCUCUACUAGGAAAUAUACAAGUAAACUUAAAUUUAACAAAUAAGAAAGGAGAGACUCCAUUUGAUAUAGCACGUUGCAAUCUUAUUACCACCAAAGGUCUACACAGCAACAAGAAGAGCGAAGCAAAAAUACUCCAAGCACUAAGACUUGUUGAUGCUAAGUCAGGUAUUUGUCGCGGGGAUUACUUGGAAGGGAAAAAGGAAGUUGUCCAAGCAAGACAGAAUGGAACAAGUAAAAUGGAGAAUGUGAAAGAGGGGACACAAAGCUUAUGUAUUGGUGCCGUACUAAUUGCAACCGUGACGUUUGGUGCAAGUUUUACCAUGCCUGGAGGUUAUAGAUCUGAUGGUCACACUAGCGGAGGCACACCAACACUUGCCGGAAGGUUUGCUUUUGAUGCAUUCAUGCUAGCCAAUUCUUUAGCCUUCACCUUCUCCAUGAUAGCGACAAUUGCUCUUAUGUCUUCCGGGUCUCCCAUGCAUAACCCUCAGAGCAGGGAACUGCACUUCGGCAUGGCCUUCGGUUUCCUGUCGAUUUCGAUUACAGGCUUGGUAGCGGCCUUUGCACUUAGUACCUAUACGAUGUUAGCUCCCGUUGCUCAUAAGACUGCCAUUGUAGUUUGUGUCAUGAGUUCUCUCAUAUUGCUCUAUCAAAAUUGCGAACUUGCAAUCAAGAAUAGUCUUCUUGCGCCACCACUCUGUAGGAGGAAGGGGAUAUUUCGUGCAAGAGUCUGGACAUUCCCAUUGACAUCAUUCACAUUCUUGGUCAGCAUUCUGCUUAACCUUUGGCCCAUAGUAGUCAUCUUAUGUUUGACUGCAUUAAGUUACACCAGAGGCAAAGUGGAACUAGCGGCGCAGCCAGCCACACCACACCACUAGCUUGA